AUGUCCGACUGUUCUGAACGCACCGUCACGUCGUCCCCAGUACCACCCAAAAAGUGUCAUUGCUCUCUUUGUCAAAAAAAGGAUGUUUUCCAGGCCGAAGACCCCAAAAUGAAAACCACUAAAUUGUGUAUUAUUAUACUCAAGUCACUCAAAGAAAUGCACCCAGACGUCGAGUUUUUCUCUUUGAAAAAUGACAUCAACGUCUUCAUUAAAAACCACUGGGCUUUGCUAAGUAACUUACCCCUCUUUAAAACAAAUCACUACAGGAAAGCGCUCUUGGACGCGUUUAAUCACUGUCAGAUGAUCGAGUCUGGUAAGAACACAAUACACAACAGAGGAUUUUACAAGCUAUCCGAAGGAAAACGAGAGAAAGUGACGAAGCCAAAAUUAAGACAGAAAAAAGUCCAACCGGCCCAUUUGCCGCAACAAAGCGCCGACGUCGGAGAAGACCUCAUUCUCCACAUCAGUCAACUCAAAACUCAAAUUGAAUAUUCAAACCACCUCCUCACAAGAGUCAAUACCCAAUUUGUGGGCUCUUUUAGGAGUGGUGUUACAGUCUCAACAGCUAUCCAAGUUAAUAACUGGCACCUUAUUACUCUUGGUAACAUCCCAAGAGUUCAGUGUCAACAAUAA